GCAUGCUCGGCCAAAAUCAGCUCUCAUUCCCUCAGCAGACAUCUUGGAGUGAGGUGCUGCCUGUGUUUCUUUCUCCGCUCAAAAUGGCUGCCCUCGCUGAUUCUGUCCUCGAUGCGCUGGUGUACGAGCAUCUAUCGAAAAAAGACAAAACUUUCGCGGCUGUGUUCCAGAAAAAGUUCCAGUCGCCCGUACUGCCGAAGGGAGCGCCUAAGCUGGACGAAAUCGUCAAACACUACCAGUCGACAAAAAAGAAGCUCGUGGUAAACAGUCAACAGAAAGCCGAGGAAUCCGACUCGGACGAGGAGGAGGAAGAUUCCGACGAGGAAGAGGAUGAGGAAGAGACCCCUGCGCCAGUGAAAAAGCCGGCCACCAACGGCAAGGCAGCGGUAAACGGUAAGGCGGCUACAAAUGGUGCUGCCGCCAAAAAGCCCCAGCCGGAGGAAGAUGACGAUGAGGAGGAAGACUCCGACGAUGAUGAUGAGGAAGAGGACAGCGAUGAGGAGGAGGAGGAUGAGAAGCCGGCGGCCAAACCGGCAGCUAAGGCCAAUCCGGCAAAGGUGACUCCGGUGGUAAAGAAACCUCAGCAGGAGGAAGAGUCGGAUGAUGAGGACGACGAUGAGGAUGAGGAUGAUUCGGACGAGGAGGAGGAGGCUGCACCGAAGCCACAGCAGCAAAAGCCCGCGGCACAGCAAGCUGGUCAGAAGCGCAAGGCACAGGAAGAGGAAGAGGAGGAUGAGGACGACGAUGAUGAUGAGGAUGACGAUGAGGAGGAGGAGGAAGAAACGCCCAAGCCAGUGUUGCAGAAAGCAAACAACGCCGCCAAGCAUCAACAAAAGGACCAAAAGGCUAAUGGAAAACCAAUUGCCAAUGGUAAACCUACUGCGAAUGGAAAUGGAAAGAAAAUGGACGAAAGUGACUCCAGCGAGGAUGACAGUUCUGAGGAGGAAAGCAAACCCGCACCAAAACAGGCAGCGAAGACGCCGGUCAAAACGCCUGCAAAGGCAGCCACACCAGCUGCUGGUGCAAAGAAGGCAGCAGAGUCCUCGGACGAUAGCUCUGACGAUAGUUCUGAGGAGGAAUCCAAGCCGGCAGCAAAGAAGCCUGCACAAACGGCCACUCCAAAAGCAGCGGCUGCCGCUAAGACACCAGCCAAGGCAGCCACACCAGCUGCUGCUGUAAAGAAGGCGGCAGAAUCCUCGGACGAUAGCUCCGAUGAUAGCUCUGAGGAGGAAUCCAAGCCGGCAGCAAAGAAGCCAACACAAGCAGCCGCUGCCGCUAAGACACCAGCCAAGGCAGCCACACCAGCUGCUGCUGCAAAGAAGGCGGUAGAAUCCUCGGACGAUAGCUCCGAUGAUAGCUCUGAGGAGGAAUCCAAGCUGGCAGCAAAGAAGCCAACACAAGCAGCCGCUGCCGCUAAGACACCAGCCAAGGCAGCCACACCAGCUGCUGCUGUAAAGAAGGCGGCAGAAUCCUCGGACGAUAGCUCCGAUGAUAGCUCUGAGGAGGAAUCCAAGCCGGCAACAAAGAAGCCAACACAAGCAGCCGCUGCCGCUAAGACACCAGCCAAGGCAGCCACACCAGCUGCUGCUGUAAAGAAGGCGGCAGAGUCCUCGGACGAUAGCUCCGAUGAUAGCUCUGAGGAGGAAUCCAAGCCGGCAGCAAAGAAGCCGACACAAGCAGCCGCUGCCGCUAAGACACCAGCCAAGGCAGCCACACCAGCUGCUGCUGCAAAGAAGGCGGCAGAGUCUUCGGACGAUAGCUCUGACGAUAGCUCUGAGGAGGAUUCCAAGCCGGCAGCAAAGAAGCCUGCACAAGCAGCUGCUGCCGCUAAGACACCAGUGAAGGUAGCCACACCAGCUGCUGCUGCAAAGAAGGCGGCAGAAUCCUCGGAUGAUAGCUCUGAUGAUAGCUCUGAAGAGGAAUCCAAACCGGCAGCAAAGAAGCCAAUACAAGCGGCCACUCCAAAAGCAGCGGCUGCUGCUAAGACACCAGCCAAGGCAGCCACACCAGCUGCUGCUGCAAAGAAGACCGCAGAGUCAUCGGACGAUAGCUCUGACGAUAGCUCUGACGAAGACUCCAAGCCGGCAGCAAAGAAGUCAACAGUCGCUGCCACUCCAAAAGCAGCGGCUGCUGCUAAGACACCAGCCAAGGCAGCCACACCAGCUGUUGCUGCAAAGAAGGCGGCAGAAUCCUCGGACGAUAGUUCUGAUGAUAGUUCUGAAGAGGAAUGCAAGCCGGCAGCCAACAAAUCAGCCGUCGCUGCUACUCCAAAAGCAGCGAUGGUGAAGACACCAGCGAAGGCAGCUACUCCAGCUGCAGCGGCGAAGAAGGCAGCAGAGUCUUCAGACGAUAGCUCUGACGAUAGCUCUGAGGAGGAAGCAAAACCAGCGGCCAAGAAACCAGCUCUAGCUGCCACACCUAAAGCAGCAGCACCUGCAAAGGCUCCAGCUAAGGCGGCUACUCCAGCAGCAACUAAGAAGCAGCAGGAAGACUCCAGCAGUGAAGAUUCUUCCUCUGAAGAAGAGACCACCAAUAAACCUGUUGUUGCUGCUGUAAAAACAUCUGCCAAGGCAGCAGCCGCUGUUAAAACGCCUGCAAAGGCGGCAACACCAGCUGCGGCGGCAAAGAAAGCAGCAGAGUCUUCGGACGAUAGCUCGGACGAUAGUUCGGAGGAAGAAUCAACCGCUAAGAAGCCAGCACAAGCGGCAACGUCGAAAGCAGCAGCUCCUGCUAACAAGACCCCAGCAAAGGCGCCCGCAACCGCAGCAGCAAAGAAGGCCGACUCGUCGGACGAUAGCUCCGAUGAUAGCUCUGAGGAGGAAUCAAAGCCAACAGCAGUGAAGAAGCCUGCCCAGGCAGCCACACCGAAAGCGGCAGCACCCGCUAAGAAACAGCAGGAGGAAUCGAGCAGUGAAGAAGAUUCUUCCGAGGAAGAAACAACGGUGAAAAAGGCAGCUGUAGCGCCGACGAAUGGCGUUGCUGCUGCUAAAAGAAAAGCAGAAUCAUCCGAUGAUUCAGACAGUUCGGAGGAGGAAAAUGUAAAGCCGGCAGCAAAGAAGCCCGCUGUUGUAAGCGCAUCCACGCCGAAACCUGCUGCAAAACCAGCAAAGAAAGAAUCAUCGUCCUCAGAAUCCGAUUCAGACGAUGAAGAUGAUGAUGAUGAUAAACCGAUGGAAAAGUCGCAACAGUCGGCGAGCCAGGCGGGACAGAAACGAAAGCUGGAUAAUCAACAGCAGGCCGCAGAUCCGCCAGCGAAGAAACCGCCUAAUCCUUACAGCAAUUUCGUGAGGGCUAGCGACAAUCACGACGAACAGAGUAGCAAGCAGGAGUACGAUACGCCGCCAAAUAAGAAGACUUUUGCGAAUCAAAAUGGUAGCGCCAGCAGUGGUUUCGGCAGCGGACGCAAAUCGCAAAGCGGCGGCAGCAAAGAGAUCAAUCGAUUCCGACGCAUCAAGCCAGAGGAGAUAGAGAUUGACGAGCGGCUGAUGGAUAAUUCUUACGAAGCAAAGCGCAAUGCUGAAGGCGCAUACGGUGAACGGGCGAACAGGAUUUUAAAGUUCACGAAAGGCAAAUCGUUCCGCCACGAGAAGACGAAAAAGAAGCGAUCGGGAUAUCUCGGCGGUCUUAUCGAUAAAUCAGUUAAUUCUAUCAAGUUCCAGGACUAGAAGGAUGCUGCUACAGUGCGUUAGGAAUGUUAUUAUAAUAUUGCAGUAUGUAGUUACUAUUUUCUUAAGCUGAUUCGCUUUUGUGAAGCAUCGACUGCGCUGCAGAGUUUAAGGGAGAGUCGGUUUAUGUCCAAUCGUAUCUCGUCUAGUUUCGAUCCUGUCCCGUCAACAUUUGUUGUUUGUAAACGUUCAUUUAUCGUUUAGUUUCAGGUCAUAACCGUAAGCAUAUUGAGGAUGUCAAUAUUUAAUUGAUAUAUUGUUCGCUAUAUUUGGAUACACUAGUUCGUAAGCAUCCAUGUCAAGAGUAAAUGUGUACGCCUUUUAUUUCUAUUAAAUGGAUAUAUAUUUCCUCACACACUGAUAACCACAUGAAUUCUAUAUUACGUCUAUGGAAUGUGAACCUUUAUACUUGUGUUGUUAUACAGCAGUGAUUGCUGUAUUGAACGAUGAAAGUUUUGACAGAAAUUACACGUUUCAAGUAUUUCAAGACCUCUGAGAACAAUUGUAUUCAUAUAACAAAAUAAAGUAACUAACCAUAUUUACACCGAGAA